GGGAGAGAGUUCAAGCCGAAAGGCAAAUGGCUCUUCGACCCCGAGAAGGAGGAGGAGGCCCUCCAUAAGGCGAAUAAGCAAAAGAAAGGGGAGGAGAAACACCAGCACUACGAGGGCGGCCACCACCAAAAGGAAGGAGAGAAAGAAAAGACGAAGGAGGCGACGGAGAAAAAAUACGAACAGACAGGGAAGCAGCAGGGCGGGAAAGAGGACACCCGACAGAGCGCGAAGGCCCACCACUCUUGGGCGAAGCAGGGUUGGCGGCCCCUGUGCCGAGACUUCAAGAAAGGCUGGUGUUCCUACGGUGCGCGCUGCCGCUUCUACCACAGCGGCGCCGACGCGUCGGCGGGCAGCAGCACGGACAACGGGAACGGCAGCCGUCCUGCGUGCUUCCACUGCGAGGCUGGGUCCUGCUUGUACGGAGAGAAGUGUUGGUACAAGCACGAGGUGGACGACGCGGGCCCUGCGGCCAAGGACGGCGGGUCCGUCUACGAGGGCAGCGACAUCCCUAAACCAGGGGAUCUUCUUCAAGAGACGCCCGACGAAGCAGCUCUCUUGGCGUCGAUCGCCAAGUGGGCGGUCGAUACGGAGUGGGAGCUGCGGAAGACGAAGUCCAACAAGGAAGUAUGGUUCUCCAUCGAUUCCCACGAGUCGCUCUGGAACAAACCCUCCGCGAACGAGAAUGCGAAGCUCGUGGAGAAGAGGCGCGACAUGCAGAAAGCCGCCCGCAUUCGCGCCGCUGGCUUUGCAGCCAAAGCGGCCGCGGCGUUGGCGAAGUGGUGCGUGACCAUGGACGAGCUGGACAAGGAUUGG